AUGAGAUUCGACCCAAACUUUUGGAAAAAAUUAAAAUCCGUUGCUAUUGUUUCGUGUGGCGGUUUUGGAUGUUACUCUGCUCUCAGCAUAUACAAAGAAAAUGAAAAAUUUUACGAUUAUUGUUUGAUGCCAUUGAUUCAUAAAUUAGAUCCAGAAACUUCUCAUAAAUUUGCAUUGACCAUAUCCAAAUUCAAAUUAGUUCCUAAAACUUUAUUUAAAGAUCCAGAAACAUUGAAAAUACAAGUUUGGGGACUGAAUUUUAGUAAUCCCAUCGGUAUAGCAGCAGGAUAUGACAAGCAAGGGGAAGCUGUUGAAUCGUUGCACGAAAUAGGAUUUGGAUUUAUUGAAAUCGGUUCGGUUACUCCAUUACCACAACCUGGAAAUGAAAAGCCGAGAGUUUUUAGAUUAAAUAAUGAAAAUGCAAUAAUUAAUAGGUAUGGUUUCAACAGUGAUGGUCACGAUGCAGUUUAUAAAAGAUUAAAAACAAUAAGAGAAUCAAGCGGAUUUAAAGGAAUAAUCGGUGUUAAUUUAGGAAAAAAUAAAAAUUCAACAAAUCCAAUCGAUGAUUAUGUUAAAGGAAUAAAAAAAUUCAGUGAUGUCGCUGAUUAUUUUGUUAUAAAUGUGUCUAGUCCCAACACUCCUGGAUUGAGGCAAUGGCAGAAGAAACAACAACUUGAGGAACUGUUGAGUGCAUUAAUAGAAGCGAAAAAUAAUCUUAAUGUUGAUAAAAAACCACCACUUUUACUCAAACUCGCACCAGAUUUGACAAAUGUUGAAAGGAAAGAAAUAGCUGAUGUAAUUUUAACAGAGAAGUACAAAGUAGAUGGUCUUGUAAUUUCAAAUACGACAAUCGAAAGACCUGGAAUCACAAGUCCAAUCGGUGAUGAAAAAGGGGGUUUAAGUGGUCAACCCUUGCAUGAUCUUUCGACAAAAUUGAUUUCUGAUAUGCACCAUUAUACAAGUGGUAAAAUUCCCAUAAUUGGCGUUGGAGGAGUUUUCACAGGACAAGACGCUUAUGAAAAAAUUCAAGCUGGUGCUUCUUUGAUUCAAUUGUACACAGCAUUUGCUUUUCACGGUCCUCCCAGGAUAGUUAAAAUCAAAAAGGAAUUGGAUGAAUUGCUCAAGAAAGAUGGUUACGAGUAUUUAUCAGAAGCUGUAGGAAAGAGUAAAAGCGAAUCUAAAGAAAAUCCACUUUAG